AUGCUCAACUGCUCCCACCUCCUCCUCGUGGUGGUUAUACUUGUCGUAUUUGCCAACAGUGACGGCGUGCUGCCUCCUGCAGCCCAUGCGCUGCGCCGUAGAACAACUACCUCAACCCAAGUUCAGACUGUUGAGUCGCCCGUGAAUGGUAAACAAGCGGUUCAAUCCAUUAAAGUCGCGAGGGACGCGACUGUUGAAGAAAGAGCGGCCACGUGUCUAUCCUCCCUGCACGAAUGGUUGACUGCCAGUUUGAAGGAAGUCCACGGUAGGCUCGCUUGGAUGAAAGAGGUCGCUGUCCGGCAAAAGGUCAAGGCCUUCUGGGAAAAGGUGAAGGCUUUCUGGGAGACGAAGGAGAGCGCUAUCUCGAAAAGGUCCAAGGCUGCCUGGCUGAAGGAAGAGGAAAUUGACUUGAAACUGUGGGGGUCCGCUCCGAAGAGGAAGGAGGAGGGGGCAGCGGACCUGAAACUGUGGGGGCCCGCUCCGAAGAGGAAGGAGGAGGGGGCAGCUGACUCGAAAAAGUCGGAGCCUGCACUGGGAGAGAAUCAGGAAGGGGCUGUCUUAAACAAGGCGGCGGCGGCCUCGGUAGAGGAGGAGGAACCGUUUGGGUGGAGUAAUGCUGGACGCUGGUGGGAGAAUGAUGCAUGGAUGAAGAAUGACGUUCCGUGGGACAAGAAACGGCCGACUGCGGAGUGA